UGCACUUUGACAGCGGAAGUAGAGACACACGAAAUGAAGACGAAUUCGUAAUGUAAAACAAAUAAAGCACAAGCAAUGCGGGAAGAGACAUGUACGUCACACAACACUACCUCUUUUAGAAGAGUCUAACCACGACGACCAUUUGUCCUUAUUUCAAUAACUCCUCCUCCAACUCCACCACAACAACGUAUGCUGGACCACUCCUCUUCAAAAGCUGAGGUAGACAGUGGUGAGACGACCACUCGUCCGAACAUCAUGGACGCAAGGCAUACUGGGAAUGUGCAGUCUGUUCACACCAGAGAUGCUGCGGUGUGGCAGCAAACGCGCAGCCUCCUCUACAAGAACCUGCUCAUCAAGUGGAGGACCAAACAACAGAGUUUGCAGGAAGUGAUCCUCCCGCUGCUCCUGUUGGCUCUCCUGAUCCUUAUCAGCACCCACAACCCUCAUGUGUCGUAUGGUGGUAUCGGCACCAUGGAGCUAGAGCGGGAAGACUACAUCUUCAAGGGCGUGGGCUACACGCCAAUCACCAACAUCACAAACCAUAUCAUGGAGGAGGUGGCCCAGGAGAUGCACAUGGACCGUUUGGAGAUGUUCGCCAGCGAGGAGGACCUGGAGAACGCCAGCCUGUACGAGCCCUCCAGCUACGUCGGCGUGGUGUUCACAGACGCCUUGGCAACCUCGUACAGGCUACGCUUCCCGUACAACCAGCUGCCCCAGCCCAGCGACUACACGGAGUCCAUUGCCAACUGUUUCACCAGCUCAGUCAACUGCAGGGCGGCUAAUUACUGGUACUCCGGCUUCAUCCGCCUCCAGUCGCUGAUCGACGCCGCCAUCAUCCAGAUGCAGACCAAGCGUGCCGUGUGGAGCGAGAUGGACCUGAAGGUGGUCAUGAUGGGCCAGCCGGGGUCUGUCGAAGUGCAGAAGUUCCCCCACGCCCUCAUAUCCAUCUACCUGGUUCUGGCCUUCACCCCCUUUGUCACCUUCCUCAUUGUGAACGUGGCGGCCGAGAAGGAGCACCGCCUCAAAGAUACCAUGACUAUGAUGGGGCUGUACGACUCCGCCUUCUGGAUGUCAUGGGGCCUCCUGUAUGCUGCACUGGUGACCGCCAUGUCCGUCCUGAUGUCCGUCAUCGCCACAUACACGGCACUUUUCCCCAACAGUGACUUCUUUAUCAUCUUUUCCCUCAUCUUCCUCUACGGAAUAUCUUCUAUCUUCUUCUCCUUCAUGCUGACGCCGUUAUUCAAGAAGCCAAAGUUUGCCAGCACGGUGGGCUCCAUGUUGACGGUGGUCUUUGGAUGUCUGUCCCUUUUUACAGUCCUGAUGAAGGACUUCCCCCAGCCGCUGGUCUGGAUCCUCUGCCUGCUCUCCCCCACUGCCUUCUCCAUCGGCAUCGCACAGGUGGUGUAUCUGGAGGCUCAAGGAGAUGGAGCUGUGUCCUCCUCCCUGGCUAACGGCCCUCAUCCGCUCUAUGUGCCGCUGCUCAUGCUGGUUCUGGACUGCAUCCUCUACCUGCUGAUGGCCAUCUACCUGGACCAGGUGCUCCCAGGCGAGUUCAGAAUGAGGAGGUCCUUGCUUUACUUCCUCAAACCGUCCUACUGGUCCAAACGCAGCAAGCGCUACGUGGAAGUCAGCUCAGUGUACGACGUGGAGGCCAAUGGCGCUCCCAGCGCGGGCGAGUCCAUUGAGCCCAUUUCGCCAGAGUUCCGAGGCAAAGAGACCAUUCGCAUCAGCAACAUCAGCAAGGUGUAUAAGGACAAGGACAACACUGUGGAGGCUCUCAGAGGUCUGAGCUUUGAUAUUUACGAGGGCCAGAUUACAGCUCUGCUGGGCCACAGCGGCGCCGGGAAGUCCACUCUCAUGAACAUCCUGUGCGGCAUCUGCCCGCCCACCGACGGCUCGGCCUCCAUUUACGGCUCCCCCGUAGCCGAGAUGGCGGACGGGCCAGAGAUGAAGCAGCUGGUGGGAAUAUGCCCGCAAUUCAACAUCACAUUCGACGUGCUCACGGUGGCGGAGCACCUGAGGAUAUUUGCCGCCAUCAAAGGGAUCCCGGCUGCGGACGUUGACGCCGAGGUGACCAAAGUGCUGAAGGACCUGGACUUGGAGAAGAUCAUGACGGCUCAAGCCAAGAAUCUGAGUGGAGGCCAGAAGAGGAAGCUCUCUGUGGGCAUUGCCAUUCUGGGAGACCCUAAGAUCCUGCUCUUGGACGAGCCGACGGCGGGCAUGGACCCCUGCUCCAGACAUCAGGUCUGGUCUCUCCUGAAGAGCCGUAGGGCGGGCCGGGUCAUUGUCCUCAGCACACACUACAUGGAUGAGGCGGACAUCCUCGCUGAUCGUAAAGCAGUCAUCUCUCAGGGCCAGCUGAAGUGUGUCGGCUCGUCCAUGUACCUCAAGAUCAAGUGUGGCGUGGGAUAUCAUCUCAGGAUGUCCAUCAGUGACCGCUGCAAUGCAGAGAAGAUCUCUUCACUGGUGGAGCAGCACGUUCCCAAGGCAAAGCUGGCUCGACAACACGAGGCGGAGUUGACAUUCACGCUGCCUUUUGACAGCAUGGACGCGUUUGCAGCUUUGUUCUCAGACCUCGACUCUCGACACGGCCUGGGCCUCAUCAACUAUGGUGUUUCCAUGACAACACUGGAGGAUGUCUUUCUGCGUUUGGAGGCGGAGGCAGAGGUGGACCAAGCAGACUACACCGUCUUCAAUCGGGAGCCAACCGAGGACGAGGGCGACGGCGUCCCCUCAGACGACACGGACCAGCGGCUGUUGACGUUCUCUGACUCGUCGGACGUGGUGUCAGGUCAAGCCCUGUGGCGCCAGCAGUUCAGCACGGUGGCGUGGCUGCACAUGCUCAACAUGUGGCGCGAGAGGAAGGCCUUUAUUUAUACCCUGGCCCUGUUCCUGGUGUUUGUUGCCGCCGUGCUCGUCCUGUCUUUGACCACAGGAAACAUCCAGAUCCACUCACCGGGCCGCCAGUUCCUCCCCAUCUACCUCCUCCGCAGGAACCAGUCCCCCCACAGAUACGCCACCAGCCUCCUCAUUCAGAACUCGUCAGGCUCGGACAUUUCUGACCUCAUCUAUAACCUGGAAUCCCAGGACAUUAAGGUGGAAGUGAUGAGGCACGCCGACUACAUGGCAGCCGCUCCCCACAGUGCCGCCAUCAACGUCACAGGAUCCAACAAGGGCUUCAGGUACAGCGUGGCCUUCAACAGCACCACGGUCCACUCCUUACCAAUGGUAGUAAAUAUUCUCAGCAACGCGCUGCUGAGAGGUCUGAACGGUACCGGACGCAUCAGAACUUGGACCAAACCAUUUGACUAUCAAAUCCCUGAGUCUACGUCCUACGUGCUGGUCUUCAUAGAGGCCAUCUUGCUGGGAAUGCUGGCGGCUGGCAUGCCGGCCUAUUUUGCCAUGGACCACACUCGAGACCGAGAGCUCAAGUGCCGCUCCACACUGCGCAUCUCCGGGUUGCUACCGUCAGCCUACUGGUGCGGCCAAGCAGCCGUGGACAUGCCCUUCUACUACCUCGUCCUGUCCUGCAUGACCACUGUCCUCUUCUCCUUCCACACUGGCAACCUGCUCACCUCCGGCAACCUCGGCGCAGUGGUCCUUUGUACUGUUGGCUUUGCUCCGGCCGUGAUCCUCUUCACGUACGUCUUCUCUUUCGGCUUCACACGAGUCCAGAGCAACAAGGAUUUCUUCUCAGUCAUCUCCAUGAUGGUGUGUGUGGUGUCGGCUUCGCUGGUUCACCUGCCGCUCGUAAGCGACAGCCCCGCCGUGACCCGAGGUCUGCACAACGCCUUGUGUGUCCUCAACCCGCUCUACCCGCUCAUGGGCUGCCUCAACUGCAUCACCAAGGCCACCUUCCUCCCUUCCCACUAUGAGGAGAACUUCCUGUGGAACAACCUGCUCAUUGCCGUUUUAGCCCCUUACCUCCAGUGCAUCCUGCUGAUGUUUGUGCUCCGCUGGCUGGAGGCCCGUCACGGUGGCAGGACCAUGAGAAAGGAUCAGUUGUGCAGGAUCUCAUGCAAGACCAAGCCCAAAGCGGAGCGCAACCCAGACGAGGGGCUGAACGAGGACGAGGAUGUUCAGAUGGAGAAGGCGCGGGUGAAGGAGGCGCUCAGCCGCCAGUCAUGUGAGGAGAAGCCGCUGGUGGUUGUGAGUAACUUGAGGAAGAAGUACAAAAAUCGGAGAGAAGACGUGUCCCUCAACAAGAGUGGGAGAGUGGCCACCAAGAACGUUUCCUUCUGUGUUCGUAAAGGUGAGGUUCUGGGACUGCUGGGCCCGAAUGGCUCAGGAAAGAGCACCAUCAUGCACAUGCUGUCCGGUGACUUGGACCCCACUGCAGGACAGGUGCUGAUGGGAGAGUUUGGGUCGGUGGACGUGCCGCUGGAGCACGUGGGCUACUGUCCCCAGGUAAACCCUCUGUGGCCCAGGAUCACUCUGCAGGAACACCUGGAGAUCUACGCGGCCAUCAAAGGCCUGAGAGGACAGGACGUCCCUGGGAUCAUCAAACGUGUGGUGAACGCUCUGGAGAUGAAGGAGCACGUGCACAAGCAAACCAAGAGUUUGUCAGGAGGACUGAAAAGAAAACUGUGCUUUGCGUUGAGCAUGAUUGGGAACCCUCAGAUCGUCUUACUGGACGAGCCGUCAUCAGGGAUGGACCCUAAAUCCAAACAGCGCAUGUGGAGGGCCAUCCGUGCUGCCUUCAGGAACCGUCAGCGCGGUGCCGUCCUCACCACGCACUACAUGGAGGAGGCGGAGGCCGUGUGCGACCGUGUCGCUAUUGUGGUCUCAGGCCAGCUGAGGUGCAUCGGCUCCAUCCAGCACCUGAAGGGCAAGUACGGCCGAGGAUACAGUCUGGAGGUCAAGCUCAGGGAGGGGCUGGCCGGGCUCCAGCAGGGGGCGCUGUUGCACAAAGAGAUACUCCGCAUCUUCCCCCAUGCCUCGCGGCAGGAGAGCUUUGCUACAACGUUGGUGUAUAAAGUCCCCAUGGGGGACGUCAAGUCCCUGGCCACAUCCUUCUCUGAGUUGGAGCGCGCAAAGCAAAGCUUCAACUUUGAGGAGUACAACUUCUCGCAGUCCACUCUGGAGCAGGUCUUUAUGGACUUUGCCAAGGAGCAGGAGAACGAGGACGACGAGGUGGGCUCGCUCAGCACGACCUUCCAGUGGCGCCGGCUACCGCAGGACGCUUCUGUUUGUGCCAACCGCGGCGACAGCAUCGUGCACCAACUGUGACGUCCACCUCAGAGGAAAGUGUGUGUGUGUGUGUGUGUGUGUGUGUGUGUGUGUGUGUGUGUGUGUGUGUGUGUGUGAGGCCACACCCACUGGUCCUUCUACCAGUGUGUUUUUUUAUCUGUCUGUGGUGUCAUUAAUAAAAGGUCAUGUGAUAUAACAGCUUCCUCUGUCGGAGGCUGUGGUCACUCUGAACAUUUUUACGCACGACAAACAAAAGCGAGCCGUCCACGAUGCCACCAAAGCGGCACACGUGCUGGUGACAUUCGUGUCGGCAGAACAUUGCUUAUUUUGUGAACCGGCGCCCCCCACCUCCUCAUCAUUUGUCACCAGCAUGCACGUGUGGACGUCCAGAUGAGACGAGGCCGCCCUCCCUCCCCUGUGCGGGGGUUACGGCCCCAACAAGUCGCUCGGGGGACUGUAGAGUCGAAUAUGCACGCAGUACAUGUAGCACACGUUGGCAAGGACACACUCCUCCAACACGGGAGGGGCGACGCUUAACUCCUCUGUCACUUUUUAUGGAUUUAUACUCAUGAAUGUAAGCUCCAAUGGGGGCGGGGGCUUGCGUGGUCGUCGUUCUUGUCACCCGGUGUUGUGUGCGUGUGUAUACACAGUGUUUAAUAUACAAAUUGUGUCUGCAUUAUUUAACGUACAUUUGGUGCAUCAGCAAAUCAGUCAAUUGUAAUUUUCUUGACAUUCAGGCGACAUGAAGAAGUGAAAGGGAAUUUUAAACUCAGCCUUUGAGGUUGUGGUGGACUUGAAAUGAGGCAGGAGGCUCAUGUUUACUUUGAAACAGUGAUGAGAUGAUUUCUUUUGUUGCCUUUUCUUCUGCUGUGUGUGUUCAUGUCUUGUCUGCGGGAUCAUCUUGUGGGACUUCAUCCUGGCAAGAAACUGAAAACAUAUAUAUAUAUUUUUAUUUUUUUUAUUUGUUUUUCUUCAUGUCCUGAAACUAACAACCUGAAUUGGCUUCCACGCUUGGUUUUCAGGUUUUAAAGACAUGCAGAGGAUCGUCAGUGGGCUCCAGCUGCGUCCUAAAAUCAGUUUUGCAAAGAAUCGGAAUUCAUCAAGACGCAAAAUACACUGGCUCACUGCCUCUAAUGGUCAGACUCGGUGAGCGCAUGUCGGCGCCUUUUGUUGCAGUUUUCCGUGUUUUUUUCCACUAUGCACGCUUGAAUGGGGAUUUUAGCACAGCAGUACAUGACAAGUCUGGAAGUUGCUUUUGGUGUUUUGUGGCUGUCAAAAACUUGAUUUAACUGCGUCAGUUUUUGCACACAUGUAGCCUUGUUUCCUUAGGUGGGGACAAGAUGGAGGACACUGGCUGUGUGUUGUCGGGAUGUCAUGUUGCUAGGAUAUGUGUCUUUUAUAUUUGUUGUUUGUUUUCCCAAGUGCAAUGAAGGCUUUUCUUGAAGCAUCCGUGUGUGUCUAUUUGCACCGUGUAGCCACCCAAGCAUCACGACUCAUCCAGUUGAUGUUGAGGCACGCACAACCAAAAUGUAGAAAGUGGAGCAUUCCCACCUUUUGGCAAGAAACUGGAGCAGGACUUUCUUGGUGCUGGUCAAAUUGCACUACUUCUGGGAAGUUUUAUAACUUUAUAUUAUGCAACUUUUGAAAGACACUGUGUUCUGAAUUUGUUUAUCUGUGUGUUGUGUUUUGCCUUCUGUAUUGCCACAAAGUCUGGAUGGACCUUUUCAUUAAUAAAU